AAGUUGCCCAAAAAAAGAAAAACCCAUGAGCGGAAAUGCGUCGGUCCCAGCAACAAUCAAGCUAUCUUACCCAAUUAACAAUGAAAAGCGUCGGAAGGAGACUGCUCGAACACAUUAAGGGCAUGUGCUGAGAGGCGGGGUGCCAUGCAGAGGAGACAUAGCAGCAACACGGAUGGCAUGCCCUCAGAAAGGAGCCGUAGCCAAACUCUGGGAUCGGAGAGCAGCCUGGAUGAGGGUGGCGCCUUCGACUGCCUGAAGCCCGACUCGCCCACGUCCCCUCAACAGAUCUUCUCCGGCUUGGUGGGGGUCCCCUGCGGGGGGGUCUCCUCUGCCCAGUUCCAGGCGGCGACUUUAGUCCUGGGCUCUCCCCCGGAGGUUUUCAUCCAGAUGACGGCGUCGUCACGGGAAGAAGGCGGCGGCGGCGGCGGCGGUGGUGGCGGCGCCCGUCGCCCCGAAGUGGCCCCGUUCCUGCCUCGCCCGCACCACCACCACCACCAUUUCCACCACCCGCCCCUGCAGCACAGGACCCCCUCGCUGCUCCAGCAGGCCACCGCGGCGGCCGGCUUGGACAGGCACGGCUCCAGGGACGAAGGCGGCCAGGAGGACCCGUCCACGCCGGCGCCGGCCUUGUCGGAGCUGAAGGCGGUGGUCACCUGGCUGCAGAGGGGCUUCCCUUUCAUCCUCAUCCUCCUGGCCAAAGUCUGCUUUCAACACAAGCUCGGUAUCGCCGUCUGCGUGGGGAUGGCCUGCACCUUCGCCUACGCCAACUCCACUUUCAAGCAUCAAGUGUCACUCAGGGAGGAGCGCUCCAUCAUGGUUGCGGUGUGGAUCAUGUUGUUCCUGGGUGGCAACGUGGCCUACGUGUACUACGCCUUCAGCCAGGAGGAGCUCUACAGAAGCCUCUGCUUUUCAAAGCCCAACCUCAGCAACUUUGACUUCUUUGACCUGGUCUGGGCGGUGGGCAUCACCGACUUUGUCCUCAAGUUCGCCACCAUCGCCCUCAAAUGCUUUGUCCUUUUUCUGCCCAAGAUCCUCCUGGCCUUCAAAUCCAGGGGCAAGUUCUACCUGCUGAUGGAGGAGCUGAGUCAGCUGUUUCGUGCGCUGGUGCCGGUCCAGCUGUGGUACAAAUACAUCAUGGGGGAGGACCCCUCCAGCAGCUACUUCCUGGGGGCCACACUCAUCAUCAUCUACAGCCUCUGCAAGUCUUUCGACAUCUGCGGCCGAGCGUCCGCCCUCCACAAGGCCGUCUUGUUGCUGUGCCGUCCUCAGAGUUACGGCGUGCGUGCUGGCAGUCAGCAGUGCAGCGAGGCGGGCGACGUCUGCGCCAUUUGUCAGGCGCACUUCCGAGACCCCGUGGCCCUCCUGUGCCAGCACGUCUUCUGUGACGACUGCCUGUCUUCCUGGUUCGACCGCGAGAGGGCGUGUCCUCUGUGCCGCUCCGCCGUCCCGGAGACUCUGCGGUGCUGGAAGGACGGCGCCACCUCCGCCCACUUCCAGAUCUACUAGUUGCCAUGGCGACCCGCCACGCAGUGCGACCGUAACCACAGAACCGAACGAGGCGGUUGGUGUGUGUCCCCGUCUGGUAGCCGUAUCGCUCCAAUAUCGGCAAAAAAACAAGGCCGAUAAUCCAUUUUCUUCCCCUUAUCCCAAGUCGUGUCGCGGGGGCAGCAGCCUAAGCAUGGAAAUGUCCUCCAAUAAGUACACAGUCCUAAUCUCUUACAAAUCACGAUUAACACAUAACAUAAUGAUGUGGUUGGUAUGUGUCCCCAUCUGAUAUCCGUAUCGCUCCGAUAUCAGCAAAAAAAAACAAGCCGAUAAUCCAUCUUCUUCCCCUUAUCCCGAGUGGUGUCACGGGGACAGCAGCCUAAGCGUGUAAAUGUCCUCCAUUAAGCACACAUUUUCAUCGCAUACAAACCACGAUAACCACGGAACAAAAUGAUGCAGUUGGUAUGUGUCCCCGUCUGGUAGCCGUAUCGCUCCGAUAUCGGCAAAAAUACAAGCCAAUAAUCCAUCUUCUAACACUUAUCCCAAGUCGUGUCGCGGGGACAGCAGCCUAAGCAUGGAAAUGUCCUCUAAUAAGUACACGGCCCUAAUCGCUUACAAAUCACGAUAACCACAGAACCAAAUGAUGUGGUUGGUAUUUGUCCCCGUCUGAUAUCCAUAUCGCUCAGAUAUCGGCAAAAAAAACAAGCCGAUAAUCCAUCUUCUUCCCCUUAUCCCGAGUCGUGUCGCGGGGGCAGCAGCCUAAGUGUGUAAGUGUCCUCCAAUAACCGCACAGUCCUAGUUGCUUACAAACCACGAUAACCACAGAACCAAAUGAUGUGGUUGGUGUGUGUCCCCGUCUGGUAGCUGUAUCGCUCUGAUAUCUGCUAAAAAAACAAGCCGAUAAUCCAUUUUCUUCUCCUUUUCCCGAGUCGUGUCGCGGGGGCAGCAGCCUAAGCAUGUAAAUGUCCUCCAAUAAGUACACAGUCCUAAUCUCUUACAAAUCACGAUAUCCACAGAACCAAAUGAUGUGGUUGGUAUGUGUCCCCGUCUGAUAUCCGUAUCGCUCCGAUAUCGGCAAAAAAUACAAGAUGAUAAUCCAUGUUCUGACACUUAUCCCAAGUCGUGUCGCGGGGGCAGCAGCCUAAGAAUGGAAAUGUCCUCCAAUAAGUACACGGCCCUAAUCUCUUACAAACCACGAUAACCACAGAACCAAAUGAUGCAGUUGGUAUGUGUCCCCGUCUGGUAGCUGUAUCGCUUCGAUAUCGACAAAAAAACAAGCUGAUAAUCCAUCUUCUAACACUUAUCCCAAGUCGUGUCGCGGGGGCAGCAGCCUAAGCAUGUAAAUGUCCUCCAAUAAGUACACGGCCCUAAUCGCUUACAAACCACGCGAGGCUAUAGGCUACUAGGAGCUAGCAGCUACACCAUAGCUAAGCGCAGCGUAACGCACAAGCUAGAGCUUUGUUUUGUUUUUUUAAACCAAUUAAAACAUCCCAAAUUGGAACGUGACACAAAAAAAAUACAUGUCGUCUCGUGGGAGCCGCUGAAAUGCGCCCGGCGAAAUUAAAUGCUAACGCCGGCAUGCUAACCGGUAAAAUGUGUCAAGUACCAAGUCAUGUGACCGUGAAGCAUACGCAUGCAAUAUUAGCUAAAAAAAACUCAUGCUAACAUGUUUGCAUUAGCAUGCUAACAGUUAACAAAUUGUGCGCAAAAUUGGUCAAGGAUGCUAGCAUGCUAACGUUGGCAUGCUAACGUCGGCAUGCUAACUGCUAAAAUGUGCCAAGUACCAAGUCAUGUGACCGUUAAGCAUACACAUGCAAUAUUAACUAAAAAAAACCUCAUGCUAACAUAUUAGCUUUAGCAUGCUAACAGUUAACAAAUUGUGCGCAAAAUUGGUCAAGAAUGUUAGAAUGCUAACGUUGGCAUGCUAACGUCGGCAUGCUAACUGCUAAAACGUGCCAAGUACCAAGUCAUGUGACCGUGAAGCAUACUCAUGCAAUAUUAGCCAAAAAACCUGAUCACGUUCAUGCUAGCACGUUAGCAUUAGCAUGUUAACGUUGGCAUGCUAACUGGUAAAAUGUGUCCAGCACCAAGUCAUGUGACCGUGAAGCAUACGCAUGCCAUGUUAGCUAAAAAAAAGAAAAAAAAGAACACGCUCAUGCUAGCAUGUUAGCAUUAGCAUGUUAGCAGUUACCGUGUGUCAGUUACCAAAUUGUAUGACUCUUGGCUGCAAAAUUGGCUAAGAAAGUUAGCAUGCGUCAAGUACCAAGUUAUAUGAGCUUGACGUGUAAAAUUGGCUACGAAACUCAUCACGUUCAUGCUAACAUUUUAGCCUUGGAAUGCUAACAGUUACUAAGUUAUGACUCUUGGCUGCCAAAUCGGCUAAAAUAGUUAACACUAGUCGAGUACCAAGUCGUAUGAGCGUGAAGCAUUUACAUGCAACAUUAGCCAAAAAACUUGUCACACUUAAGCUAGCAUGUUAGCCUUGGCAUGCUAACAGUUACCAAGAUAUGACUCUUGGCUGCAAAAUUGGCCAAAAUAGUUAACACUUGUCGAGUACCAACUUAUAUGAGCUUGAGGUGUUUGGCUGUAAAAUUGGCUACAAAACCCAUCAUGUUCAUGCUAACAUGUUAGCCUUGGCAUGCUAACAGUUACCAAGUUAUGACUCUUGGCUGCAAAUUUGGCUAAAAUAGUUAACACUUGUGGGGUAGCAAGUCGUACGACCGUGAAGCAUACGCAUGAAAAAUUUGCCAAUAAACUGAUCACGCUCUUGCUAACAUUUUAGCGUUAGCAUGCUAACAGUUACCAAAUUGUAUGACUCUGGCUGCAAAAUCGGCUAAAAUAGUUAACAAUUGUCGAGUACUAAGUCAUAUGAGCUUGAGGUGUUUGGCUGUAAAAUUGGCUACAAAACCCAUCAUGUUCAUGCUAACAUGUUAGCCUCAGAAUGCUAACAGUUACCAAGUUAUGACUCCUAGCUGCAAAAUUGGCUAAAAUAGUUAACACUUGUGGGUAAGCAAGUCGUAUGACCGUGAAGCAUACGCAUGAAAAAUUUGCCAAUAAACUGAUCACGCUCUUGCUAACAUUUUAGCGUUAGCAUGCUAACGGUUACCAAAUUGUAUGACUCUGGCUGCAAAAUCGGCUAAAAUAGUUAACACUUGUCGAGUACCAAGUCGUAUGACCGUAAAGCAUUUACAUGCAAAAUUAGCCAAAAAAUUUGUCACACUUAAGCUAGCAUGUUAGCCUUGGCAUGCUAACAGUUACUAAGUUAUGACUCUUGGCUGCAAAAUUGGCUAAAAUAGUUAACACUUGUCGAGUACCAAGUCAUAUGAGCUUGAGGUGUUUGGCUGUAAAAUUGGCUACGAAACCCAUCAUGUUCAUGCUAACAUUUUAGCCUUGACAUGCUAACAGUUACUAAGUUAUGAUUCUUUGCUGCCAAAUCGGCUAAAAUAGUUAACACUAGUCGAGUAUCAAGUCGUAUGACCGUGAAGCAUUUACAUGCAAAAUUAACCAAAAAAUUUGUCACACUUAAGCUAGCAUGUUAGCCUUGGGAUAUUUUGGCGAGGCGAGCAUCUCCCGCACGUGCAGUCGGACUUGAUGACUGCUUGUCACCGCCUGACUCACUUUGACUUAGAAAUGGAAACAUUAGUAACAUUUCAUGUUGACUCAACCAUCUGCUCUACCAUGUGUCCAUCCAUAGCGUGACUACACUUGGAAUGUAUGAUGCACGGUCACAUUAAAGCACAUCAGCACAUCUUCACCUGAGGAGA